UGUUUUUCAUUAUUUGGUUGUAAAGAAGCCGAUUAGAUUUUUUAUGUGUGUUUUUAAUACGGGUUAUUUUAACGCAAAUUUAUCGGUUAAAAUUGUACAAUUAUUUAAUAAAACAAGUAAAAAAGUGAAAUUUAAAUAAACUACAAUAAGACAACGCCAAAAUCCAAUGGAAUAUUCAAUGUUAAAGUGUUGGAAAAUUUAUGAUAAAUAUUGAAGCUGACACAAGUGAUUACUCUUACGUUUCUUUUUUAUACACCAAUAGCAGGCAGCAUUUUUUCAUUUUUCGUUUCGCUUGUACAUUUAUAUUCCACCUCAUUCCGUAGAGGCGGACGAGAAAAAAAUAAAAUCUGUAAAAACGAACUUUAUAAAUUUAAUGAAUAUAUACCGAAAAAUUGCGGAAAAGUUUUUGAAAAAAUUAUAAAACUUUACAAGAAAGGUGCUUUGUUUGUAUAUUGCUAAAAAAAAAACAAAAAGAAAGAAAAACAAGACGGCUUUAGGUGGGCCGCAUACGAUAUAUUAUUACACUCGUGGAGUUCCCACUGUGCGUGCUGUACUUCUAAAAAAUUUACCAGCACACACAUUGACAAGGGUUUGUUUCUUGUAUAAGACCUUUCAGAGUUUUUUUGGUCUUGUAAUAUUGGAUUUAUAAAGAAUUGUUAAAAACUUUAUACAAAUAAUAAUUUAAAUUUGACCUGAAGUUAAUGUCUAUAUAUCCUCUAUUGUCGAUUUGCGUACUUGUGGAUAACAUAAUAUUAAAAUGGAGGAAAUAUCAAGUUUAGAUUCAUUUCAAACGGACGAAGCAAAUUCUUCGGCUCGGCCGGAGUCAGAAAAUACGCAACAUUCUUAUAAAGACGUGGAAGAAAACACAGCUCCCGGAGGUGGUGGUGGAGGGGCUAUUGAUACCAGAGAUGAUGGUGAUGCUACCAAAGAUAGUAACGCACCAGAUGAUGAAGGUGGGGCAAAUGAAGAUGAUUUUGAACAAAUCUCAGAGGGAACGUUUGAAGUAGAUGAAAAUUCUCGUGCUACAUCAGCAGGACCGCCGCCCGAAGAUGGCGGAGGAAAAGGUGAGGAGGAUGAUGGAGGAGAAUCGCGAGAUUUUGAAGAAGUUGAUGCCAAUAUAUCAGGGAAUAAUCCGACGACUGUCGAAGAAUCAGAUAUGUUGGGAGAGGCUGACAACACUUUGCCCCAGUCUGGUGAUGAAGACGACAAUGCCAUGGAUAUGGAUCGGAGGGGCAAUAAUGAAAAUCAGGAAGAAAAAGAGGGUGGUGAUGACUGUGAUGAUGACUCAAACAAUAAAUCCUACGAUCGUAAUGAUAAUGAACAACAAGAUGAGUCUAUGGAACCCCUGCAACAAGAAGCUGAUGAAGACGAUAGAGAUGAUGGUGGAGAUCGACAAGAAAAUUCGAAUGAAAACAAGGAUGAUGGAAGUCGCGAUGAGGACAUCGAUGAUGGCGAAAAGGAUAAAGAUGUUGACAAAGACGAUGGAAAAAAAGACAAUACUGAAACGGCGGAGGCCGAUGAUGAUGAACCUGUUGAGAAUGUACAAGAACCAGAAGAAUCUGAUGUUUGCUUAAUACCUGAUGACACAGAGUCGACAGUUACGGAUGCCGAAAAGGAGCAAGCAAUAUUAGCACGUGAAAAUGCUGAAAAGAGAAGCGAAGACAAAGAAAAUAGCUCCAAUGAAAAGAGCAAAGAAGCCGAAGAAAAAGAAACCAGUGAAGAACACACUGAGGCUGGCUCAUAUUCUCACGAAGCGCGUGCUCAAGCUAAUAAAGCAGCUGGAGCCGAAGCUCAAGUCAGUGUAAAUCAAGCAAAUGAUGAAGAGAAUAACUCAAAUGAGAAUGCCGAUGCUGAGGAGCCGCUCUUAGAAGAAAUGCACUCAAGUACAAACGAAGCCAAUAGUGGUGCAAAAACAAUUAUUGGUUGGAUUGUAACCGCCACUCAAAAGUGCGUGCAAUGUAAUGAGGAAAAGGCCUGUGGUUUUCGUUUCAAAAAUCCGGACACGUCCGAAUUUGAGUAUUUGUGUGAACAAGGUUGUUGUUCACAUUUUAUGGAGUCAAAUACUGGCAAAUACUUUAUACGCCGUAAAAAGUUUUUGAUUGAAGAACUACCGGCGAGCGAAAGCAGGGACGAUGACGAUGCCGAGGCUAAUAGUCAUUCAUGUUUACAAUGUAGAGAGGAUAAAACGUGUAAAUAUUUCUUUAAGCAAGAUGAUGACACCUUUUAUAUUUGUAACGAUGAUUGCUUCAAUUUACUGAAUGCCGAAGAACCAGAUAAAUUUAAACUAAAGAGACACUCGAUUAGAGUACGGAAUAUCGGUGCUACAACGAUUUCAAACGAUAAUGCCAAAAAAUCUGGCGAAACUGAGUCAAGAGUAGUUGCUCGAACAUCGGGUGAAGCCGAAGCUGCCCGUCUGGAAAGAGCAGCUAGUUUUGUGCGCCGCUGUGCUGACUGUUUUUCAGAAAUAACUCUGGGUGACAAGAAUCUCAUAUGGGAAACUAUGGAUUUUUGUAAUGAAAUUUGUUUGGGUAAAUACCAGCGUACGAUUGGAGCCAAUUGUCAGACAUGCCAUGGAGACGUACCCCACCCAGCUUUGGGUAAAUAUUGCGUACGCUUUGGUUUCGAUGUGCGUCAAUUCUGUUGUGCAGCUUGCUUAAAUGAAUUUAAAAAGGGUUUAAAAACCUGCUCCUGUUGCCAGAAGGACAUUUCCUCCGGCAAUGAAGGUUUCUUAGCCCCUGUCGGCGACAAAGAGCAGUUUAAGGAUUUCUGUUCACAGUCCUGUAUGCGACGCUAUGAUAAUAUUGCCAAUCCCAAGAAGAACAUGCGCAAUGAUAUAUGUGCUGUGUGCAAUAAUGACAAACCGGUUCGAGUUGAAAUUAUUUUGGAGGACAAAGAACAUAAUUUCUGUUCAAAUCCCUGCUUUUCAGCUUUUAAAUUCGUCAGCAAUAUUGUGGCCGAUCAGUGCGGCAUGUGUUGUAAAUAUUUUGAACGUAAAGCUACUGAAUCCUUCACCAUUUACUCGGAAAAACGUGCAAAAGUAUUUUGUACACGUGUCUGCCUUAACAUUUACAUAGUGCUCAACCGUCGCAUCGUCUCCUGUCAGUGGUGUAAAGUGAAAAAAUAUAAUUUCGAUAUGAUUCUUAAGCAACAGGACAAUCAGGAAGUUCAAAUGUGCUCCUUGAACUGUCUCACACUGUACGGCGUUUCAAUUAAUGCUUUUUCACGCACUGUCACUAAAUGUGAUAAUUGCACAAAUAUGGCUACACCCCAAUACCAUUUGACCAUGUCUGAUGCAUCAAUGCGUAAUUUUUGUACAUAUCAAUGUGUUAUGCAGUUCCAAAGUCAAUUUGCUAGAGCUCCGCUUACAUUGGAGAGCGAUAAUCCCAAGUCAUCGAAUAUAUCAUCGUCUGCUCAUCAAUCGAGUGGAAAAUCGGGCAAGGGAGCAGCACCAUUCCCUACAGGUUUGCCGAAACGUGUGAAGUUAAAGGGUAGUUCUCAACAAACACCAUUACAUAUAAAAUUGCCCAGUAAAAGCUCGGCUUCCAAACAAAAACAGCCAACGAUGCCAGUAAUAUCGACCGUAUCGUCAUUGGCCAGCGGAGAGACCGAAACAAUGAUUGGUAAUGUUACCGUUAGACGAACUCGAGUACGCGGGCGCAAAGCAGAAUCUCCCACUCCUCCAGCGCCAUCUGUACCAGCCGUUACAAAUAAUAGCCAACAAUUGAUAAGAGGUAGACCACGUAAGAGCGCGAUUAUUGAGCGUUCCCUAACGCCCUCACCACCCAGAACUAAUAACAAACGUGGUGGCGCUGGUAAUAGUAAUAAUGUGGUGGAAAAGAUUGUCGAGAAGGUAUCAGUGCAAACGGAGACCAAAAUUGUGGCCGUACCACCGUAUCCGCCUGCUGUUAGAAAUGUACAGACCAGUUGUAAACCGCGCACAACUACAGUUGGUAUACAAUCGGAACCAGAAACUGCUACAGUGGGUACUCAAACGGACAAGGAUUACUCAAACAAGGUAUUGAUACCCGUGCCAGUGCCCAUUUAUCUGCCACAGCCGAUGUACAUGUACUCUGCACCCUUCCCAGUGCCAGUUCCUAUUCCACUUCCCAUUCCCGUUCCUAUCUUUAUACCUACAACUCGUAACUCGGCACAGGGUAUUAUGAAAGAAAUUAAAAAGAUCCAAGACAAAAUGCCAGCCGAUCCAUUUGAGGCUGAACUUUUGAUGAUGGCCGAAAUGGUAGCUGAAGAGAAACGGGAAUCUGACUCCGAUUCGGAGGAUGAAGUGAAACCUGAUCCUGCUGUUGUAUCGUUGCAAUACAAUAAUAGUGUACAACAGGUUGAUGUAACCAACAACUCGUAUGGCGAAGAUGUCUUGCAAAUGGCACUUAAAAUGGCCACAGGGGAUUAUGAUCAGCCAACAAGUACGAUUGAUCUGGAAUCGGCUGUAACGGCUAAUACAAUAACAAAUCCUCCGCCUGGCAUGGUGCAACACGACGAUUCCAUGAGUCACAUGAGCGGUCAUCAUAUGCAGCAGCAACAUCACAUGAUGGAUGCUCAAAGAGGCGCUCGUGGCCGCAAACGCGGAGCCGCUGUUGUUUCUUUAGUCUCACCGCGCAACAAUCGCUCACCCGUUAAACGCCAACGCAUUGAAGAAAUGGAACCAACACCACAGGCACAACCACAACCUAUGCAACCGGUUGAGAAACCUGACGCCAACAUGUGUUUAAAAUACACCUUUGGUGUUAAUGCCUGGAAACAAUGGGUAAUGACUAAAAAUGCCGACAUUGAAAAGAGUUCGAUGAGAAGACGUCCAUUCAAAACCGAACUACUGCAAAUGACUGCAGACGAACUAAAUUAUUCAUUGUGUCUAUUCGUCAAGGAAGUAAGAAAACCCAAUGGCACCGAAUAUGCUCCCGAUACCAUUUACUACUUAGUAUUGGGCAUUCAACAAUAUCUUUAUGAAAACGGACGUAUUGACAACAUAUUUACGGACACUUAUUACGAACGUUUUACGGACUGUCUAGAUGAGGUAGCCCGCAAAUUUUCAGUACUCUAUAAUGAUUCGCAAUAUAUUGUUACCCGUGUGGAAGAAGAACAUUUGUGGGAAUGCAAACAAUUGGGAGCCCAUUCACCGCACGUUUUAUUAAGCACUCUUAUGUUCUUUAAUACAAAACAUUUCAAUUUAACUACCGUCGAAGAGCACAUGCAAUUAUCAUUUUCACAUAUUAUGAAACAUUGGAAGCGUACUGGUCAAACAGCCAAAACACCUGGUUCACGUAAUGUCUUAUUACGCUUUUAUCCACCACAAGCUGGACUUGAUGCCAAUCCCCGCAAAAAGAAAGUUUAUGAACAGCAAGAAAACGAAGAAAAUCCCUUACGUUGUCCAGUUCGUUUAUAUGAAUUCUAUUUGUCCAAAUGUCCGGAAAGUGUUAAAACUCGUAAUGAUGUCUUCUAUUUGCAACCAGAACGUUCUUGUGUACCCGAUUCACCAGUAUGGUACUCCACACAGGCUCUCAGUCAAGAGGCAUUACAGAAAAUGUUGCAUCGUGUAAAAAUGGUUAAGGAAAUUAAUAUAGCGCUAUUGACAAGUUAAUCAUCUCAAUUUUAAAAGAUGAUUUAGCAACGAACAGCACAUUUACAUAAAAAUCACUAUGAUUUUAAUUGCUGCUUAAAGCGUGCAAUUUAAUAGAAAUACUAAUUCACAUUAUUUUUCUUUUUUUUUUUUGCAAAUUUUUUCAAUAAUUUUAAAUGGAAGAAUAUAAGAAAUACAAAAUUAAUAUUUUUCAUUUAAAAAAUAUCAAUAUAAAAAAAACAGAAACACUUAAAACAGCAAGUUAUUGGAUAAUAUUAAAGGAGUGAGUGGUACAGCGUUAAUUUCGUUCGUUUUGUAUUUGUACAAUUAAUGUAUUUUUUGAAUUGAAAUAAAAACACACAUAUAAAAUCACAAAACAAUAUAAACGUACAUACACUUUAUAUACACACACAACAAAAAAUAAACAUAUAUAUUUAAUAAUAAUAAUAAUAAAACAAACACAAAUUUGAUAUUUGUAAUGUUAAUAAUAAUAAUAUAAUAAUAAUCUUAAUAAAAUAUAUGGAAUUAAAAACUUUUAACAAGUAAUAAAAUUUGGGGUUUUAAAAAAAGAACGAAAAAAAUUAAACUUAACAGGACAUGUGUACACAACAAAUAUAAAUACAUACAUAUAGUAUAUUUUUAUUAUAUAUACAAACAGGCAUAUAAAUAUAAAAUUUUUUAAUCUAUUUUUUUUUAAAUUUAGUUUUUUUUUUAUUUGUGCAAAGCACAUUUUUAUUAUUGCAGUUUUUUUUAACAACAUUCAUACUUUUUUAUGACGCCAGACAACCUUGUAAUUUUGUUGAUCUAAAACUUAUACAUAUUUUCAAGUCAUAUUUCUUUUUUAAUUUAAUCAAAUUACCCCACUUGAAAAAAGAUCUAGCUAUUAAGAUAUAGUUAUUUAAGUACCAGAAAAAAAUAAAUAUAUAUUACAUUAAGUUGUUCUUCUCUUUUAAUCAUAUAAUUAAAUUCUGUAAAUGUAAAAAAAAAAUCUAACCUUUAAAUAAUUUCAUUCAGUCAACAAUUAUUUUCAAAAGGUUCAUUAGUUUAUUCGAAAUUUAGCUGAAUAUAAGUGAAUAAUUAUAUAUAAAUACAUAUGUAUGUAUAAUUAAUGAAUUUGAAGAAAUGACAUCCAGCUUUUGGUUUGAAGAAUGAAAUAAACUCCUUUUUGUAAGUAAA